UAUUUUUUCUGGUCACAUCUAAAUUAAAUUUUUUUAUAAUACACGAAUAACUUAAUUAUAAAUCACACGAAUUUCCCCCUCAUUCAUUUACUAAAAUGCAUAUAUAAACCAACCUUCUUGAUGCUUCUCGUAUCCGCGCUCAAGUUCCUCAAAGCAAACUCACUUCUAUGUUAAUGGCGGAUUCAAAUUCCACACCUCUUCUUUCCCAAUACAAAUCCACCGACGAAUCCGAACCUUCAAAGCCUGAGAACCAUCUUCCCUCUCUGGGCUCCACAAUCGAACUCUGCUUAGCAGAAUUCAAUCUCUCCCAAUUCCUCCAAGCCCUUCUCGUCUCCUUUGCUUGGAUCUUCGAUGCCCAACAAACUUUCAUCACCGUCUUCACCGACGCCCAACCAACACCAUCCUCCUCCGCCAGCCACGGCGGCUCCUACACCUCUAUCAUCUCUGAGUGGCACUUAAAUCCCGAUGACCCCAUGCUCAUGGGCCUCCCGGCCUCCUCCUUCUUCGUCGGCUGUCUCGUCGGCGGGCUUGUCCUAUCCACUCUCGCUGAUACGUCCAUGGGCCGCAAGAACAUGCUCUUAUAUUCUUGUCUCUUGAUGUCUCUCUCUUCUUUCCUCGCCGCCUUUUCUUCCAACCUUUGGGUCUAUUCCUGUCUCAAGUUUCUCUCUGGUUUUGGCAGAGCCACCAUAGGUACUUCGGCUCUUGUCCUCGCCACAGAGCUCGUAGGAAAGAGGUGGCGCGGCCAGGUGGGUGUCAUCGGAUUCAUCUGCUUCACUUUCGGCUUCCUCUCACUCCCAGCCAUGGCAUACUUAAACCGAAUCUCCUCGUGGAGAAACCUCUAUAAGUACACAUCCAUCCCAACAAUAUUGUACUGCGUAUUAGUAAAACUCUUCGUAUGCGAAUCUCCUAGAUGGCUCCUCGUACGAGGAAGAACAGAGGAAGCUGUCAAUACACUACGAGGCAUCGCAUCAAUAUCUCAAAGCUCAUUGAAUUUAGCCGUUUCCAAAAUGUCCGAGCCUGAGGAAAGUUGGUACACUAACAUGGAUUUAUACUCGGCGCUGAAGGUUUUGAUGCAGAAGCGAUGGGCUUCAAGAAGAAUCUUAGCCAUCAUGUCAAUGGGUUUUGGUAUUGGCGUGGUUUAUUACGGGAUGCCACUAGGUCUUGGAACGCUGUCGUUUAAUCUGUAUCUGAGCGUCACAUUCAACGCAUUAUCUGAGCUACCAUCGUCUCUUUUAACGUUGAUAAUGAUCGGAAAGGUCAACAGAAGAAGUGUUAUCUUGGUCUUCACCAUCAUAAGCGGGAUUUUCAGUCUCUUGUCAGUGGUUGAGUUAGGGAAGACAUGGAGGAAACUGGAAAUUGUGUCGGAGUCGGUGUCAUUUUUCAGCGCUUGCACUGCGUUUAAUAUAUAUUUGGUGUAUACGACGGAGUUGUUCCCAACGUGUGUGAGGAACUCGGCAUUGGCGAUGGCGAGGCAGGCGGUGGUGGUGGGCGGGGCGGUGAGUCCGGUGCUGGUGGCUGCGGGAAGGAGAGAGAAGUUUUGGUGCUAUGGGGUGUUUGGAUUGGUGAUAGGGUUAAGUGGUGUGUUUGUUGUGUUCUUGCCGGAGACGAAAGGGAGAGCACUGUGUGAUACAAUGGAUGAAGACGGAGAAGGCAAGCAGAGAGCAGUGAGUUCAGACACAUUGGCUUAAAUCUUAAUAAAUGAAGAAGAGUUCAAGUUGUGAUAUAAUUGGGAUAUGGUCCAGUGGUGAGUACGGAUUUGGAUUCGGUCAAGAUAAUUGACAUGGUAUUGAAUGACUGUAUCAUACAUAUAAACUAUUAAAAUUUAAAUUAAUAAUUUUAAAUUUA